AUGGAGAGCGGGCGCCGCGGGGGCGGUGGGUCCCUGCCCGCCGGUCCCUGGGCCAUCCUGCCCCCGAGCGGCGGCGGCGGCCGUGGCGGGGUUUCCGACGGAGGGCGUGAGUCCCGCACACGCACCGCGCUGGAGCACGAGGUUGGCCCAGAGGAGGUGCGCACAAACACAGCUGUGCACCGAGCACACAGACAUGGGCUGUACCACUUCGGAGGCGGGGGAGAGCAGCCACAGGUAGUUCCUCUCCCCUCCGGUUCUCCUGGCCGAAGGAGCAGCUACUUGGUGGCCCCGAGUAUAAAACUGGGGCGCGAAGGCAGCGGGACGAGACGCAGCGUUGCACACCAUGCGAGAAGCUUGGGCUCAGCCAGGCCGCCACAGUGGACCGCCACACCCUUGAGGCUAUGCGAGUCCCUCAGGCACCAGACCGUCUUGCUGCUGCUGUUCUUGUUCCCAGACCUACCUGCCACAGCUGCUUAUAACCUGAAGCCCUCCCUGCCCCCAAUUGUAAGGGACAGCCCCUUCCUGGUGGCCUGGAACGCCCCGACGGCACGAUGCUCGGCGGUCUAUGAGGUGCCCCUCGACUUGGACUCCUACAGCAUUCUCGUGAACUCCCAGGAAGCCUUUGUGGGUGGGAAUGUCACCAUCUUCUACUACGACCAACUGGGCCUGUAUCCUUACUACUUGAACACGACUGUGCCAGCCACAGCUGUCAAUGGCGGCUGCCCGCAGAACACGAGCCUGACACGGCACGUGGAGAAGAUGAGACGUGACAUCGCUGCUGCCAUGCCCUCAGGCUCCUUUGCAGGCCUCUCCGUGAUCGACUGGGAGAACUGGAGGCCCCAGUGGGUGCGGAACUGGGAUAAGAAAAACGUCUAUCGAGACAUGUCCCUCUACCUUGUAAGGCAGAAGAACCCCCAUUUGUCCGACUACCAGGUAGAAAUGCAAGCCAGGUGGGAGUUUGAGACAGCCGCACAGAAAUUCAUGUCCGACACCCUGCGGCUUGCCCAGUCUUUGCGUCCCCACGGCUUGUGGGGCUACUACCUCUUCCCCGACUGCUAUAACUAUCACUAUUUGGAUGACUUUGAGAACUUCACGGGGCACUGCCCCCCACUGGAGGUACAGCGCAACGAUGAGUUGAUCUGGCUUUGGGAGAACAGCAAGGCCCUCUACCCUUCCAUCUACAUGGAGGAAGUGCUGAGAACUUCCCCCCAGGGGAAGAAGUUUGUGUGGGCCAAACUGGGCGAAGCCCUGAGAGUCGCUGAGCUGCCUUCCAUACAACAUUCCCUACCUGUCUUUGUGUAUGCCAGGCCCUUCUACACCUACACGCUGAAGGAGCUGACCCAGACAGAUUUGGUGUAUACCAUCGGACAGGCUGCAGCCAUGGGAGCUCACGGGAUUGUGCUCUGGGGAGAGUCAGACUAUUCUCGCAACCGGACCAACUGCUUAAAGAUUCAAGACUACCUGAUUAACACCUUAGGCCCUUACAUUGUCAAUGUGACUAUGGCAACCAAACUUUGCAGCCAGAUUACUUGCCAAAACCACGGCCGCUGCAUUCGCCGAAGAAUGGACUCUGACACCUACUUGCAUCUCAGUCCCAUGUCCUUCCGGAUCCACACACUCAGAGGUGGCAGCCAGACCCAAGUGUCUGUGACAGGAACCCUGAGCCAUCUCCAGAGGGACCAGAUGAGACGGGAGUUCAGGUGCCACUGCUACCAGGGCUGGAGUGGAGAAAAUUGCCACUUCCGAGGCCGGGGCUGGAGGCUGCGGACAUGUGGCUGGUGCAUUCUUGGGGCAGCUCUCUCGGUGCUGUGGGGGUGGCAUUGA